CCCGGGGCCGCCCGAGCUCCGCGGGAGCGGGGCGGGACGGGGAGGGACUGGAAGGGGGCAGCGCCGCGCUCUCCUGCCCCGUGUGCGCUGUGUUACUUCGUGCGCCUGGCCGCAGGCGGGGGGGCGGCCGCUUUUGACGCUGGAGGUUGACCUUCUCGCCGUUCUCUCCGCUCCCGGCCCGCAGCUGGUGCUGUCAGUCCGCGUCCCCCGGAGGAGGCAGCGGGGGCUGUCGCGUUUCCUGAGGAGAUCGCGUGUUGCUCCCCCGGGAGCUCAAUCCGGGCUGCCGCAGCUGCGUGUGCGUCUCGCCCUUCUCACCUCCCUUCACGCUCGGAUUUCAGAUGCAUGCCAGGUUCCUGCUGAAUGCCAGAAGUAGAGAUCACUACAGAUGGAGCCCCAAAGCCAGCACGGCAGUGGUGGUUCGCUGGUGGUGAUUCAGCAGCCCUCUCUGGACAGCCGGCAGCGGCUGGAGUACGAGCGGGAGAGCCAGCCUACAGCUAUCUUGUCGCUGGACCAGAUCAAGGCGAUCCGCGGCAGCAAUGAUUACACUGAGGGUCCAUCUGUGGUGAAAAAAUCCGGUCCGCGGACAGCACCGAGGCAAGAGAAGCACGAAAGGACUCAUGAGAUCAUACCGAUUAAUGUGAAUAACAAUUAUGAACACAGACCCAGCCACGUGGGGCACGUGGCACAUCAGCAUAAUGCGAGGGUCCCUGUUUUGAGCAGAUCAACCAGCACGGGGAGCGCGGCCAGCUCUGGGAGCAACAGCAGUGCUUCUUCGGAGCAAGGACUGCUGGGACGGUCACCUCCAUCGUGGCCGGGCCACAGGUCCGAGCGGACAAUCCAGACGCAACCCAAGCAGUCGUCGCUGAUUGUAGAUGACCUGAAGGGUCCUUUGAAAGAGGACUUGACGCAGCACAAGUUUAUCUGCGAACAGUGUGGGAAGUGCAAGUGUGGUGAGUGCACAGCCCCCAGGGCCUUGCCUUCUUGCUUGGCCUGCAACCGGCAGUGCUUGUGCUCGGCGGAGAGCAUGGUGGAGUAUGGCACCUGCAUGUGUUUGGUCAAAGGGAUCUUCUACCACUGUUCUAACGACGAUGAAGGGGACUCAUACGCGGAUAAUCCCUGCUCUUGCUCCCAGUCACAUUGCUGUUCUAGGUACCUGUGCAUGGGAGCCAUGUCCUUGUUUUUGCCUUGCUUGCUCUGUUACCCUCCUGCAAAAGGAUGCCUAAAACUGUGUCGAGGGUGUUACGACCGCGUCAAUCGUCCGGGCUGCCGAUGCAAGAACUCCAACACUGUCUAUUGUAAACUGGAGAGUUGCCCCUCCCGGGGUCAGGGCAAGCCGUCAUGAUUUUUGGAGGGAGGUUUACUUCCUCCAACUUCUGAUUUUUCAGGUUGUAGCUGAUAUAUAAAUAUUUUUUCUUCCCUUCCCCCCUUUAGGGGUGCGUAAGGGGGGCUGCUUUCUUUCACCCCCCCCUCCUUCAAAAACACAAGUUAUUCCCUUUGAAUCUUUGUUCUCCUCCUGUAAUUGAGUCAACUGAGUGUGGAGUGUUUUACGUAUAGUCAUUUGCUGCUCUUUGGUAAGUGUGGACUUGGUAUCUGUGUCUGCCACCCACUUUGGCAGGGUCUUCUGAGUCUGUAACUGAACCACUCCUGAAAGAGACAGUGAGGGCUAAUUUGGCUCUUGCAGCUUCUUGCUCUGAAUAUCUUCCCAAAGAUGUUUUUCAUUCUCAGCAAUUUAUAUAUUUUUUUUCCUCUGACCCCCUUGGGUACCUCCACGGAAUAACUCUCAUGAGUGAGCUGGAUUGUGAAAUAACUUCUUGUCUGUGUUCUUUCCGGAGAGAGAUGCAAGGCUUUACCAAACAAAAGGCCUGAUUCUUCAGUAAGCAGCCUGCUUUCUGGUUUGUUUGUUUUCCUCCUUUUUUGACUUUUGCAAUAUUCUCAGUCCUGAGAGUUAGCCAAUUGUUCCUAUUGCUUUGUUUUUAAUUCUUUCCUAACACAACUUUGGUUUUUGCUACACUGUGUAGAUCUUCACAUUGGAGACAUUAUGGCUGCAACUGUACUUGUUUUUCUCUUGCUGUCAAAUGUUUGAAGGAUAUUGCUCACUCCACCCUUCUCCUGUUGUUUUAGUCCAUCAGUAUCAUGCUGAUAUUAAAGUUGGUGGUGUUCAUGUAUCCAGACAGCCUUCAGGUGUCAUUGAGUCACCUAAAUGUUCUAGAAUCUUUAAUGUUUCUCGUGAUCCUUUGGUUUAGUGGAUUUAGCUCUGCUCUGUACUUUAUAAUUUUAUUCUGUUCCCUGUUUUAUUGCCUUAGCCACAAAUUGUGGUCCUUUUUUGUAUAUUUUAUGUAUAAAACACAAAGUUGAAUCCCAACUAUUUUUAAGACAAAAGUCUGUUAAAACUUUUUUUAUUGUAAAGAAUAUUUAUUAUGUGAAUCUCUAUUAUUUUAUGAUAUUUAUUGCAAAAAAACUUUGAAAAUGUACUCAUGUCUGAUAUAACAAAAUAUCAAUACUUAACGAAAUAAGGAUGACACGAAGAAAGUACAUAUGUUAACUAUAAUGCAGAAAAUAUAUUAAUUAAUGAAAAUGGCUCUUGAGUUCUUUUGUUACAACAAGAAGUUGUGAGCUACUCGUGCAUAUUCUGGGUUCUUGAUUUCUAUUUUUAUUUUUCCUUCCUAGUGGGAUAUCAGGUAGCAAGUAACUUCCUGUUGUUACUUCAAAACCACUAGUGUGUGCUCUAGUUUAGUUUACCUAAUUUUAAGUUUGCUAACUACUUGUCAAGCAAGGUUUUGCAAUUGGAUGUAUGCGUUGUGCUGGACAGUGCCAGGAGGUAUAGGCCCUGUUUACUUAAUAGCAUUUGGACAUUUAUUUGUGAAGGAGGAAACCAUAACUUCAAGGGUUUCUCUUUCUCUUUUUUUUUUUUUUCCUUUUUUAAAGAAUUCCAAAUUAACAUGUAAAAGUACUUUAAAUUUUCCUCCAUGGAACUUCUUGGCUGGUUAAAUUGUAUGUCAGUUGAAGCAAUGAACCUAUUAAGCUCAAAUCUAAAUAAAAACCAAGAGGCAGGAUAUAAAACAACAUUUGUGUUUCUGCAGCUUGCUAGCUUUGAAGGUUGUGUAUGCAUAUGGGAACGUACGUAUGUGUGUGGCUUGCUUGGCUCUUUUCCCAUAGUUUUCCCAAUGUCAACUGAGUCUACCUUGUCUUUAAAUUAAAGGCUCUUAAGGGUGACCCAAGUGUCACGGCUGUUUGUGGCCAUUUAACACGUAUUCAACAAAAAAGCUUUUCAUUAAGAGGUUUCCCCAUUCACUCUUCUGUCCGUGUGGGUCAAGGCAAACCUCGCAAUUCUUUUAAAGCAAAAGGUUUAUUAAAGGGAUGUAAUUGCACGUGGUAUUCCAGGAAAGUGGUUCUAGAGAAACUCCACUUAAAGAGCAUAGUAAUAAUCUGACAAACGUGUCACUGCAUUUUGAAAUCUCGCUGCUUUGAAUUGUCAUACUCAAGCUGUUGUAACUCGCAGUAUGCUGAUGAUUUGAGUAAGCUGGGCUUUUGUAUCUAACUCCAUCGGACUCGAUCCAGUGUUGUCUGAGCUGACUGGAAGUUGUGUUCUUUAUUGUAUGAUUUCUUCAAGGUAUGCAGUGAAAUUGUAAUAUGAAUGCUUCUAAGAAACCAUUUGCUUUGUGGAAUACAGUUGGUAAUCCUGCAUGUAAACAUGACAGAAAUUACAGGAGAGGAAGCUGGUGGGAUGGCAGUGUGUACUUUAAUCUGCUUUCCAAGAUUUGUUCUUCUUGAGAUGAACCAAAGCCAAGAAAAGAAUGUUUCUGAGGAGUAAGUGACUCACUUUGAACUACUUCCUUAUCACUGAUACUUCUCCAACAGUGGCAGCUGCAAACAGCCCUCGAGAGACAAUGAAAUCCUUGUCAAGCAGUCACCAUUGGUCAGAUAAGACUGUUCUUAAGACUAUGUAUUGACCAUCAAAAAUACUGAGCCAAGCACAUUUCCAUAACUGGAUACAAUCCAGCUCUGCAUUGAGUAAGCUUGCUUGGAAUGGUGCAGGUUCUUCCUCUUCGAGGAAAGAAAUAUACGUUGUUGGCCUCUGCCUCUCGUUUCCAGCCAAGUACCUGAAGUGGGGACUUGCAGUUUCUUAGGAGGAACAUUUGACCUAUGCAGAUUCAAACGAUAACCGUUCACUGUAUGUCUUAAUUGUUACUCUAAGUGCUGUGAACCUAGGGAAGGCAGUGUUGAGCCAGUGGAAGUAACAGAUUGUUGUAGGUGCUGUAUCUUUUGUAUUUGAUGUAUAUCUAUAUUUGGGUUUACUCUUGGGUCCUUCAGAACUCAGUAUUGAUUGCCUUAAUGUAUGGAAGUGUAUGUGUCCUCUCAGGCAGAUUUCUGUGAUGUAAGAACCUACUAGGAUCACGUGAGAGCAAGUGGGUGUCUUUCUGGGGGUGGUGGCGUUAAGCAAGCUGACAGAUGCACGAAGAAGCCUCCAGGACUUGGAGAGACAGAAGCUAUUUUAAAUUUGCUCACAAUGGUCAGGCAUUAUGGUCAGUUCUACUUCCUACAAUACAGUAACUGGAAUGUCCACCUAGAGAUACAGUGUCAUGUCAGGAGCUGAACAGACUUGCCAAAUGGUAAUGGAAAUUUUGGUGACUGGGAGACUGAGUUCUUCAGAACUUGUCAGUGUUGCUCAGGUUACUUUCCACAAGUCAGACUGUCUGAGGUCCAGUCGCUGUUACAAUGCAAAUGAUAAUGAUUUUUUAACCAUUUUCAGAUCACUCUUAUUUUGGAGGAAGAAAAAAAAAAAAGGCACUUGGUGUGUAAAAGGAUUGGACAUGUGUAAUUAGGCAAGAUGUUCAGCUGACCUACUAACCUAAUUGUAUAGGUCACUGAUGGAUUUGAACAAGCUGGCCAUCUGGUUGUAUGCAGCAGAGUGCUGAAAUUUCUCAUGUAGAGUCUGUGAGGAAGGAAAAAGGGAAGCUUCUGCAGGCUGGGAUUCAGGUCUGUGUUUGCUUAGCACCUUGAAAACUGUGCUAAGAGAUGAGUUUGGGAAGCAUGUUAAGUUUCCAUGUUCCUUGCUGCAAGAAUAUAUUGUUAGGGUGAAAAUUGGAGAGUUCAUGUGUUGGGCUAAAGGUAGCUUCAUUACACUAAUUCUAGUGUGGGUGAUAGUGUUAUCCGGGGGGAGGUUAAUGCUUAACAAAUGAAAAGUACUUGCUCUUGUUUAUGGUUCCGUAUCAUAAAGACAGGUGGGAGAGGAUUAGCUCCUCUCUCUGUGAUAAAACAAAUCUGUUAAGAGGGAUUAAAAGGGCUAUAUGAAAUGUUUUAAUGGACUUAUAUGAAGAAAGAGAUUUCUUUUUUUUUUUCUCUCUUUUUUUGUCCUGGAGGAAUGUUCAGGACUCACUGAUGCUUUUGUGAUUCUUGUUCUGCUAAAAUUACCUCAAGAUGCUAAGGAAUCCUGAAGAACUGUUGGCUUUCUUCCAGCUGGAGCACACAGUCACAGUGGUGCAUCCAGAAACCUGGGAUACAGUUCUGUUCACAUAUCCCGCAGUUGGAUUUACCAGCCUUAUAAAGUGUGUGGGUGGUGCAGGUGUCCCGAUUAGCAUUUGUCAAGUUGCUGUCAGGGCGGAUCAGAGGUAGUUUUUUCCUUCCUAGCUGCAACUAUUUCUCACCUUUUUCACUGAUAGCAGUAGCAUAUUUAGUAGGUAGCCUGUUAGCCUAGCUUUAUUCCCAGUGAUGUGCGUUGCUCAGUUUAUAUUUAUGACCAAGAGAUACAAUGCUGUUAUUUUCCCCGGUGUAACACUUGCAGUUGCCACUCUUGCUUCUCCAGGUGCAGGUAUCUUCAGAUGAGAAACUUCCUCAUUUACUUAUUAGUAAAUACAAACAUGGGACAGAUUUCCUGUAAACCACACAUACUCUCACUAGGUUUAAGUAUGGAGGGGCGAAACCCAGCCAUACUGAGUGCUAUGAUCUGUCAGUGCUCUUGAUACACUUGCAUCUGGAAUAAAACCUAAGACCGCGUUGCCAAAGGAAAGAGGUGCCAUCCCAGGGGAAUGGCAUUGUUACAUGUAUUACAAAGCUAGUUAUCUGCAGCUUGAAAAUACAAUUAUUGUGAAUUGCUCAUUUUUUAAAGAAUCAUACAUUUGUCUAACCACUGCAGAAAGGUGUAGUGGUAAGCACGCCUCUCUUGCACUGUCUUUGUAUAUGUGUACAGCCUGCAACUCUGAAAACAAAUAUCCUACAGAACACAUUGUCAAAAAGCACAAAUGUUUGACAGGGGCUCUACCCCAAAGGGCUGAACAUUGUGUUUGUGCAAUAGGGAAAACAAUGGAGCUCACAUCCUGCCUGACCUUUCGAGGCCACGACCGUAGUAUGGCUGCUUUGGUAACACAGAAUAUUGCUUCUGAAUGAAGUCAACAGAUUUACACCACCUCCUGUGUUCUCUUGAGGACAACGUACAGCCACUAGUAGCUAGUGCCCAGCAGCCAGUACUGAGUGGGCUCCAUCCUGGUGCUGGUUUUCUUCUCUCUUUUUCUCUUUUUUUCUUUAUUUUGCGGCGAUGGUAUUAAUUAGAUUGGUUUACAUGGAAUGCUGUAUUAUAAAUGACUAAGAUUUAUCAGUAUUAGCAUGUUCCUAGUUGAUCUGUCAGAGUAAGUGGGAAAAGAUGUUGGAAUAUUCCAAGCAUAUGCUGAAAUUAUCUGGUUGAUUAACUCUUUAACAGACUUUAAAGAAAUUGUGCAUCUUCUGGAGAACACUUCAGGAUUCAGACCAUCUGACAGCCCUUCUGACACUAUGGGGAUUCUUCUUCCACAUUUAAAGCAGGAAAAAACAUUGAUGUUGUCUGGCCUGGGAAAGAUCCUCUCAACAGCACUAUUUCUUACUGACAGUGUUCAGUGAGAUACUUUUGGAUCUACAUGCUCUGAGCAGGACACUUGAAGAUGAAAAUGAAUAAUCCACUUGCAAGGGACAACGGAGGAGGUGCUGUGGCUUUUUUCCAUUCUCUGAAUUUUGGUAGGUUGCAUAGUAUCUUGUUUUUAACAUCAAGGCUUCCCAGCUGCCAUUUUCCAUUUUCAGCAAAAUCUAUUUCCUACUCAAAUCCAUUUCCUAUUGUGUCCUGUAGCACACCUCCUCUUUUCAGAGAAUCGUGUGCUUGUUCCUUGUUCUACAACGCAGGCAAAGCUCUUCUGAAUGAAAAAAAAAGAACAUUGUUGUGUGAGUCACCUACCCCUCAGCUACUGGGCACUCACUGCUGUAAUGUGUUUCUGCAAGAUCUGUCUCCCUUAAAUUCACAGUGAUGAUGAUCCUGGUUAGCCAGAGUGGGAAAUACAGCUGAGUCUCAGGUUUUCAUUUUGGUUCAAAGUUCAGAUCUAGAUAUGAACUGUGCCAAAAUUUGACAGCACCUAGUGUUUGUGCUUAGGUUUACCAACCUGCAGAGCUACGUAAGGAAAUACUGUUACAGCUGGAAAUGCACCAUUUCUGCUGUAAUAACCAGUCAAAGGAUCACUGCAGGAGCAAGUGGGGGACAUAGAUGAAGUCCUUCUGGAGUCUCGUAUAUCUUUUUGUGUGAGUUUUUCAAAUCCUGAGUUUUUGAAUCGGUAGGCUUGCUUUCCCCUUUCCAUCUCUUGCCUCAUAUUGGAGCAGGAGCAUUCACGUGGUGAUUCCUCCCCUCAUUCAUCACAUCACCACUGCCAGGUGCAGAUAGCAUCCCCUGUAAUCGCUAAUCCGGUUUGCUCUGCCUGCUGACAACUCUAAUGUACUUGGCUGGGGACAACUUUAUCUGUUCGGGUGGCCAAAAUUGCAAUAUCUCUUCACCAAGUAGCUCAGAGCAUUUUGAGCUUGUACUGAAAACGCAUUCUUUUCAUAAGGAAUGACAAAAAAAUCUCUGAGGAAAGCGUUUCCCUUUGCUGCGGGGAAGACCAAGAUGAGAGGGCUGCGCAGAGCC